AUGCAUACUGCACAGAGCGAACUGCAUACUUAUAGCAAUUUUAGUAGGAGCAACAACAUGGGCAUACGCUUAGAAGAAAUGAUAAAGGAUAAGGCCCACCAUGAUAUAGAAAAUUUGUUGAAUAAUUUUUUCGUAGCUCAUAUUCCUGUGAGCUUUGAAAUAGUAAGACUAAAAAGAAAAAAAAGAUAUAAGGAAGCAUUAAGACAGCUGCAGAGGAACAAGUACAUAUUAAUUAAUGAAUGUUUCUUUGUUUUAUCUAAUCUUAUUUCUGCUAUAUUGAAGGGAAUUUUAAAAAUUGAAAAUGUAAAAAAAGUAAGGAGGUACUACUUUAUAUAUGUGUGGUUCAUACCCUUUUUCAUAAGUAGACGAAAUGAAAGAGUGAUAAAGGAAUUAGAGAAAGAGAACAUUUGCUCUAAAACGAAUGAUAAUAGCCACACUGAAGCAAAUGAGAAAGAUAGAGAAGUUGCUCCGUAUAGAAGGAAAAGAAACACCCCCUUUUAUGGAGUAUACUUGAGCGAAUGGAUUAUAGCAGGACUUAACAAAAUUAUGCAUUCAAUGAUUUUAGAGGAUGAUCAUAUAUCUAUUGAAAAUUGGGCUUUUAUUCUUGACUUGAUGAAGUUCAUAUACGUAGAUAAAAACAUUUUAAGGAAAUAUUUUCUAAAAAACAGCUCAUUGAGCGAUACGUAUGAGGACAAUGACUCUUCAAAAGAGCGGAGUGAUAAAGGGGUAAGUAGUGAUAAAGGGGUAAGUAGUGAUAAAGGGGUAAGUAGUGAUAAAGGGGUAAGUAGUGAUAAAGGGAUAAGUAGUGAUAAAGGGAUAAGUAGUGAUAAAGGGAUAAGUAGUGAUAAAGGGAUAAGUAGUGAUAGAGGGAUAAGUAGUGAUAGAGGGGUAUGUGAUAAAAAGCUAAAACAUGAUGAGAAGGAUAGUAAGAAUGCUAUUGUAGUACAUGACAAUUUUCACAAAACAAUGGAAAAAUAUUAUGAAGAUGUUAGUAAAGUAACGAAAGCUUAUUUUGUUUUCCCGCAUUUACUAUUUAAGUGCAUAACGAAAGGAUUAAAAAAAGACGACGAAAAAAGAAAAUUACAAAUUUAUAAUUACAUAAUACCACAUGAAUUAAAUGACAAGAAUUUUUACAAAAACGCCGUUGAGGAGUGCAUCUUUAGUUGGUUAAAUAUAAAAGAAGGUCGAGUAAAUUAUGAAAAAAUUGUUUAUUUUACGAAAAAAAUUAUAAAUAUAGACCUACGGGAUUAUUUUUGCCAAACAUUGCUCUAUGUACUUUUGACGAGUGAAAAUCAUGUGGAGUGUUCGAAGAAGGAGAAGUUAGAUAGCAAAAUGAGGCAAUUAAUAACAUUGAAUAAUAGGGUCACAUCGGACUACGACAUCACAUCGAACGAAGCUCAUACCACUUGCUUGAACGAAAAUUUCUUUAACAAGGAAAAAGCAAAAACAGAUGCACUGUGCAACAUAAAUUACGUUAUUGAAAACAUAUUUUAUUAUCUGCACUUGUAUUGUAGUGAGACACAUGAAGGAAAAACACUUCUAUCAUGUUUAAUGAAAAAUAUAUGUCCUUUUAUAAAAUUUUUUGAAGAAAAGGAGAAGAUAUCCUUAUGCCUAUAUAAUGAACAUGUUAAUUAUAUGUUAAUUGUUCUUAUUAAUAUUAAUUUUUUAUAUGGAUGGAAUUUUUUUUUUUUGGAAAAAUUUUUUAAUGUGUUUUCAAAGAGCUGUUUACCACUCUCUUUUGCCAUUUCUCUAGUUGAGGUAGUGAGCCAAUUGUUUAGUCGAAAAUCGUUUCACUCUAUUUUGUUUAAAAAUUUUAAAUGGAAAAAGAAGAAAAUAAUUGAUUCUAUUGAAGUGAUGAAUGAAAAAAGAAGCUACGCAGAGGCACUUGAGGAUAUGGAGAGGAGUGAAGGGGUAGUAGGUGAAAGUGAAAAAGCUGCAAACACGCUAGACGAAUGCGGAAUAGAAGUAGUGGCCAUAAAUUUUUUACGAGAAAUGCUUUUUCAUACAUUAGAUCAAUUCACAAAUGAUAUACAAGAAAAUGAAAAACAAAUCUUUAUUUCUAUUAUAUUGAGUAAACUAUUGUACAUAUUUAGUGUACACAUUAGAAAAAUAAAUAAAAAGAUAGCACAAAACUUGUACAUAUUUGACAUUUUGUCAGAGAGGGAAUUAUAUAUAUAUAAAAUGAAUAGGUAUAAUGUAAAGAUAUUCGAGAGCGUUACAUAUAUUAUACACUGUUUGUUUAACUGUAAUGAUGAGCUGUCUUUAUACUGUGGACAAGUUAUAGCUCACUAUUUUAAGCAUUACGUUGACAAUCAGUCACUUAAAAAAGAAGAAGAAAAAAUUAGUUUUGAAGGAAAAAAAAAAGUUAAAAAUAAAAUUAACACAUCUGACCGUUCUGAAAACAGUACUGAUGAUGAAAAGUACCUAUUCCCAAAUUUGGAACAGCCAAUACAAUGCUUACCCAAGAAAAUUAGACACUUUAAGGUUAUUAAACAGAAUCAUUUUUCAUAUUUACAAGAUUUACUUCGAAUGAACAAUGUAAUGAGGAGAUGUAAAAUUAAGGGAAAUUAUUUUAAAAAAAGUAUAAAUAUUUUGCCAAUGGUUGUUGGUCCAGGGAACUCGUACAGGAAUGAAUUAGUAGAAAAGAACCAUAUUUUGAGCGAAUAUUUUACGACAAUGUAUAAAAGGGGAGAGGGGACAGACGAUGAGGAACUAGAGGAAAAUGAAUUAUCACCUUGUCGGUCUGAAGAUCAGACGAAAGAGAGCAUUGGGGAAGCAAAUGGAGGUGAUAAUGGAUCAAAUGGAAGCGAUGAGGAAGCAAAAGCAAGCUACGAUAGAACACGAAAUAAGGGCCCGGGUAGCACAUCUCUGAAAAAAUACCGCACAAAAGAAAAAAGGAAAAGAAAUGAAAACGAUAUGAUGAUAAAGAAUGCAAAAUAUGUUAUAGACAAUGAACUAUACGAUUUGGAAGAAAAAGAAUUUUUAGUUCAAUUAGAACAAGAAAAUGAAUUUUAUUUAAAUAUAGAAAGUAACAGGUACAUGUAUGUAGACCCGUCAGAAGAUUUAUUUGAAUGCUUAGAGAGACUAAAAAAUAGAGCUAGUUAUAUUGAAAGAAACAUAGAUGAAAAGAAUUAUGACAUUUUAAAAUUAAAUGAAAAGAAAGAAAGCUAUGAAGAAGAAAAUUUUCGAAUAUGUCAAGUGGUAGUAUUAUUACCAAGGUUAAUUAAGCAAGGAGAUAUAUUAUCGUACAUUGGUGUAGAAUUAUUUGAAAUUCUUUUAUCAUUAAAUAAUAAUAGUUGUAUGAUAAAUAAAGACAAAAUUUCUUUUAUAGCAAUCAAAUUAUUUGAUAUGGUUUUAUUAAGUAUUAAUAUACCAGUACAGAUAAGCAAUUUUGUUUUUAAAAAUAUUUACUCAAAUAUGUAUUCCAGCGACCAAAAAAUGCUUAUGUUAUUGGCGCUUCAGCUAUCCGCCCUUUUCCUAUCAAACAGUUUCAGAAUGCACUCGAUAUUUGAAUGUGUGCAAAAUUUUGCUAGAAAUUUGGGGACAUCUACUAGCAUGAUGAAAAAUAGAAAGAUCCUGCAACACCAAGUACAAGUAGACGCAGAGGAUCAAGUGAAGGAAAGGGACAAAUCAAAAGAAGACGCAAAUGAUCAAUACAAUGACAAAUCGAAUGGUGAAGGGGAAUACAAUUUUUUGAAUUUCUCAGAAAACUGUUACAACUUAUUUGAUGAUUUUACAAAAAAAAUAAAUAAUUACGCAAGUAAUGAUGAUGGUGAUACGACCAUAUCACUCCGUGGUCUUUAUGAGGAUAAUAAUAAAAGGGAAGAAAAUGCAUGUCAAGAAAUGAAACAAAACUGUUCAACUACAAAUUUUUCGGAUGACGAAGGAGGUAAUUCAUGUUAUUAUACUAAACAUGAGAAUAGCUCCUUUUCAUCGGAAAAACAGUAUGAAGUUGAGAAAAUAAAGAAAAAUUAUAAAAUGGUAAAAAAAGGUAUUACUAAUACGAAAAACUUGCAGUCUAGGAAUUACAAUUAUACUAAUAAAAAGAAAGCACAAAUUUUCUUAAAUUUGUGCAGUAACUUCUUUAGUGAUGUAUACGCAAAAUUGUUCUGUCUUACCAUAAAAAAGGAAAUGACAAAUAUAGAUUAUGAUGAAUACAGAUUAAGAAAAUACUAUUCAAAUGACUCCUCGUUAACUUUAUUUUUAAUUUCAUCCUACACUUUGUUUUUCAAUUGUUCAUGUAAUUCGUAUUUACAAGUAGACGAUAUCUUGAAUGAUGGGUUUUCCAUAGGAAACUUUUUCAUUAGAAAUAAAAAUUUUCUUGUACGAAGAGCUAGUUUCAAAUUAGUAUUUCAUAUGAUUCAUUUAAUUUUAAAAAAAAAAAAGUUCUAUAUUUUGAAAAAUGAAAAUUACAUGAAUGUAAUAAAUUAUUUAUCAAACAAUGUAGAAAUGGAACAUGAUGCUCUGUCCUUGCGGUACAUAAACCACGUGCUGGGUGUUCAUGAAACGCUGAUGGUAGGAACGGAGUACUAA